UUCCAUCAUCUCAUUAGUCGGCUUCGCUACAGGUUUCUAUUCAAACUCAGUGUGUGAAAUUAUUAAUCUUGACAGCUUUCAAACAGCUCCAUGAACUCGCUUGUGGACACCAUAAACUUUUGGCACAGAUAAUUGAAAGAUUAGUAGCAAAGUUGCAAGAAUGGCGAUAAGUUUCCAGAAUGAAACCUUUUGUGCGAAGUGGUGUAGCUGUAGUCGACUCUAUCAACGAAUGAAAAAAGAUUUACUCCUAAUUCUUAUAAUCAUUGGUGCAGCUCUAGGAUUUUUGAUAGGAGCGUUAGUAAACGCUCCUGUAAAUGCAAUCGUUGACCCUGAAGAACGCCAAACUACWAUCAUGCUCAUAGGUUUCCCCGGUGAGUUGCUCAUGAGCAUGCUACAAAUGGUAAUUCUGCCCUUAAUUGUCGCUAGUCUGAUCACUGCUUUAGCGGCGUUAGAUUCUACAGCUUCGGGAAAAGUUGGCCGAAGAGCAAUGCUGUUUUACUUGACGACAACCCUUUCUGCUGCUGUCCUUGGUAUGGCUUUAGUUUCAAUCAUUCAACCAGGGAAAACAGACCGACCUGAUGGAGAGAAAACCACUUCUACGCCGUAUAGGAUUCUGGAUUCGUUUCUAGACUUAUUAAGGGGUCUCUUUCCAAGUAAUCUUGUCGAGGCUACAUUACGCCAGAAAAAGACGGCUUACACAUCAGUACAAGCCAAGUACGACAAGUACAACAACACGGUAGACGUAUCCAAACUACCAAUCAACGAGACCAUAACCAUAUUUAGUAAUGGUACUCACAAUAUCACGACCAUCAGUCGUCUUGUCUAUCCAGCAUCUAAGACCAUUCCGAGCGGUACCCGAAUGACACCGGGAAUGAAUGUACUUGGAAUCGCCUUCUUUUCCAUUAUAUUUGGAUACGUUUUGGGGGAAAUGGGAGAGAAAGGACAAGUGAUGAAAGAUUUUUUCAAGAUUCUAAAUGACAUUGUCAUGAAAAUUGUCUUUAUUAUCAUGUGGUACGCUCCUAUUGGUAUUUGUAGUCUUAUAGCCACUCGCGUAGCUGCCAUGGAUGAUAUUCCUAAGGCUCUUAACAUGUUAGCACUGUUCAUAGUUACCGUACUCAGCGGGCUGACCAUCCACGGGAUGAUAGUUCUACCACUCAUGUACCUGGUCGUCACCAGGAAGAAUCCUUAUCAUUUCAUCGCUGGCAUGAGGGACGCCUUGUUAACAGCAUUCGGAAUCAGCUCCAGCUCUGCAACUCUUCCAACUACAAUCCGUUGCGUGGAAGAGAAUAACAAGAUCGAUUCUCGAAUCAGCAAGUUUGUUCUUCCACUGGGCGCCACCAUUAAUAUGGACGGGGGAGCUUUGUACGAGGCCAUAUCAGCCAUUUUCAUAGCUCAGCUUAGUAAUAUAGAGUUAUCGCCUGCAAUGUUUGUAGCAACAUGUGUCACCGCUACAGCCGUUUCUAUAGGUGCAGCAGGUAUACCGUCAGCAGGAAACGUAACGACCAUUAUUGUCCUGCAAGCCGUCAACCUCCCAUUGGAAAAUAUUGGGCUUCUCAUGGCAGUCGAUUGGUUCCUUGAUCGUUUCCGUACCACUGUGAACGUUCUCGGAGACUCUAUCGGAACCGGCAUUGUAGCACAUCUAUCACGUGACGAUCUAACAGUGGUUGACCAUCAUCCGGUGGGACAGGACUACGUCAUUGACAAAGAUGGUCUUUUGGACAAUAACCAAGAGGAAAACAUUGUCAUGACGACCAUGUAAUGAUUUAACAAGACAAACGUAUGUAUAUCAUCGACACAGAUAGCUUUUUAGGAUCCGAGCCAAAGAAUCAUGUAGUASAGUUAGCAAGACAAGCAUGCACAUGUCGUUGUCAUGGUGACAUUCAUGUGAGUGACUCAGUUUUAAAACUGUUCUAAGCCAGAUUUACUUAGCAAAUAUUUAUACAUCAACUUGAAAUUACAAUGCUACAGUUUCUUUUGCAGUUCCGUAACGUUUCAUACUGAGUUUUUCCAUCGUUUAGACACUAAGUUUAUGUUUGCGAAGAUCUUGGCUCUUCAACGAGGCUAAGCCUGAGCCUGCAAUCAAUACAAAAACACUCGUAUUCUUCAAUCUCUAAGAGUCUUAGGCUGAUAUUUAACCUUUUUUGAGAACUCUAGAAGUAAGAUUCUUUGCUGAAGAUAAAUUAAUAUUUUAAUACUUAAUCUAGGUAAGAUAAUAGAUUGUGAAGUCACAAAACCCGUGAAAUAGAUGUUAGACGAAUACACAUUAGUAGACCCUAAUUCCAUUGUUUUCUUUUGUAUCUUUUUGACUAGAGUGAAGUCACUAAACCCGUGCAAUAGAUAUUAGACUAAUAUACAUUAGUAGACCCUAAUUCCAUUGUUUUCUUUUGUGUCUUUUUGACUAUCACAUGUUGACUAGUAUUUUUUAUUUCACGGGUAAGUACCUUCACUCUAGUGCGCUUUUUGAAUUGUAUUUAUGGGGUAUUGUGUAUUAUCAAUUUCCUGGGGUUUAACGAGUCUUAUCACUGUGUUAUCACUGUGUUACAGACAAGACAUAAGACAAGGUAUUACUUCCAAUGAAGUAAACAUUAGGAAUUAUUUCGUUAAAAAAUUUAACUAUGUAUCCGCAUUGAGUAUAGAAUACUGAGUAGUCAGCGGCAUGCCUGUGGGCUCAAUAUAGUUCCCAGUGCCUUCUCUGUUCAUGACGUCAAUACUUAUGGGAAUAUGAGUGAGUGUAAGUGAAAGCGACUCAAUUCAGUUCAUUGUGUAUUAGGUUUACGGUAUCACGUUGCGGAUACCUUAUUGGAUGAAAUGUUUUGGUUGAGAAAGAGAUGCUUUUGAUCURUCAACCUGCGUUUUUGUUUACUUUUUUUAUUUUGAUUUAGUGUUCUUGUUUUUGUUUGUUUGUUGUUUUUUUUUUGUUGUUUUUUUGUUUUUUUGUUGUUUUUUUUUCAAAUUUGUAGAUUUUGUAAAUUGUAAUUAAACACAAGUAACUACGUUACUGAAUAAACAAAUACAAUUUCCAAUUCCUACUCGUUUUYAUUCGCUUUUCUUGCUUUUAUUUUUUAUUUUUUUACUUCAUUUUUUUUCUAGAUCGUGGAAGUCGUUGGGUUUGCCUAGAGGGAGACUGGGGGCGAUCCCCUUUUGCACUCCAGUUUUCUUGUUUCCAUUUUGGGUCACCACAACAGCCCCAUGAAAAAGGAAGGAAAAAAAAGAAUGCAUAAUAGAUCACUUAUAUCUCUAUGUUCGCCCAUCUCGAUAUAUAUGAAAAACAGGCUUGGAUUACUCAAAUACAGGAAAAUCUAUCCAUAUCGGAACUCAAGAUUUUUUCGUCAGAGAAGCACCGACAGUGUUUUGGAAUUUUUUGAGACUAUUUUCUUGUGACAUUCUUGUUUCACUCAGACCUCUUUCAUUUGACACUUUAAUAUGACAUUUAGACUAUGCUUGAGCAAUCAUAUGCAUGUGCUUAGAUUAGCAUGGAGUA